GCUGCCGGGGCAGGAGGGCGGCGCGGACUCCGGCGCCCCGCGCUGCGCACGUGCACUGGCGGGCGGCCGAGCGCCCGCCGCCCGGGGGGCACGGCACCACCCAAACUGCUCCUAACAUGGCCAACUUGGAGGCCCUGCUGGAGACUAACAGCAAGAGGGAGAGAAACGACUGGUCUGGGAGUCUUAUUGUGGCUGCUUUAGCUGGAGCUUUUGGAUCUUCCUUUCUUUAUGGAUACAAUCUCUCUGUAGUGAACGCUCCAACAGUGUAUAUCAAGAAAUUUUACAAUGCAACUUGGGAAAGAAGAUACAGCUCCUCAAUAGAUGAAGGAACUCUUACACUCCUCUGGUCUAUAACAGUGUCAAUUUUCUCUAUUGGUGGACUGGUGGGUGCUAUUAUUGUCACCCCAAUUGUGAAGUUCUUUGGACGAAAAUAUACUUUGAUGCUUAAUAAUAUAUUUGCAGUCAUAGCUGCACUGUUGAUGGGAUUCUCUUCCCUAGCGGGAUCAUUUGAAAUGCUUAUAUUGGGCCGUAUUAUAAUGGGAAUUGAUGCAGGUGUUUCUCUCAGUGCUCUUCCCAUGUAUUUGAGUGAAAUCUCACCAAAGGAAAUACGUGGUUCUUUGGGGCAGGUCACAGCAAUCUUCAUUUGUAUUGGCGUUUUUACUGGUCAAGUUUUGGGACUCCCAGAAAUAUUUGGAAAAGAAUCUCUGUGGCCUUACUUAUUUGGAGUGAUUAUUGUUCCUUCAGUGAUCCAACUUGUGAUUUUGCCUUUCCUUCCUGAAAGUCCUCGCUAUCUCUUACUUGAAAAGCAUGACAUACACAGAGCAGAAAAAGCAUUUCGAACCUUCCUUGGAAAAGCCGAUGUGUCUUAUGAGGUAGAAGAAGUAUUAGCGGAAAGUCAAAUACACAGAAACGUUCAGUUAGCAUCCAUCCUGCAGCUUCUGAGAAACCGCUCUGUGCGCUGGCAGAUCAUUACUGUGGUCGUCACCAUGGGCUGCUACCAGCUAUGUGGGCUUAAUGCUAUCUGGUACUACACAAACAGCAUCUUCAGCGCAUCUGGGAUCAACCAUGAUACCAUCCCCUAUGUUACCUUGAGCACUGGUGCUACUGAAACCUUGGCUGCUGUUUUUUCUGGCUUAGUUAUUGAACGACUUGGACGUAGACCUCUUCUCAUCGGAGGUUUUGGUUUGAUGGUUGUUUUCUUUGCUGUACUUACAACAUCUUUGACUUUACAGUAUCAUGUAUCCUGGCUUCCUUUCCUCAGUAUAGCUUGCAUUCUUGCAAUAAUAGCAUCAUUUUGCAUUGGACCAGGUGGGAUUCCAUUUGUUCUAACUGGAGAGUUUUUCGAGCAGUCUCAAAGGCCAGCUGCAUUUAUGAUAGCUGGAACAGUCAACUGGCUUUGUAAUUUCGCAGUUGGACUACUUUUCCCUUUCAUUCAGAGUGGCUUGCAGACAUACUGUUUCCUGGUGUUUGCUGUCAUCUGCCUUACUGGAGCUACGUAUCUGUUUUUUGUCCUACCUGAAACAAAAAAUAAGACUCUUCAUGAAAUCAGCCAGGCAUUUGCCAAAAGGAAUAAGGUGACUUUAGAAGUUCAGGAAAUGGACCAAUAUUCAGCAGAAAGGAAAUCGAGCGCAGAACAAGAAUCUAACUUCUCUCCUACCAAGGACAAUGGAGAAGCUGAAUGCAGAAUUGUCUAACAUCUGACUGUUGUCUGUAGAGAUAGGAAAAAAGCUCCCAGUGUGCUCCUUUAGUUUGGAAGAUACUGGAUAUUUUUAACAGUGAAGCAUUUGUGGUGUUAAUGCCAUUAACCCCCCCCCCAAUUCCUGAAUUCAUUUUUAAGGGUUCAAGGAGGGUGGGUAUGGGUGACAUUAAUGUCAGCUGGAGAGAUUCUAGGAGAGAAUAGGAAAUAAGGGUAGUGAUCACUAAUAGAAACAGAAGCCAGUUUCCAGGGUACCUGUGAAGUGCAUAUCAGGGGAGAGGGGGAGAGAUGGCACAAGAACUGACAUUAGCAUUGAGAACUUAGACAAUCUUUUUUUUUUAUCUUAGUCCCUACUGAUGCUUAUAAGAACCUCUCCAGUGCCCUUUUAACUGACACUACGAUUUCCAGAAUUUCUCAUGAACUUUCCUUCCUUCAUCGUUUGAAAACUGACAGAAUUGCUAUGGGACUUCUCACAGUUUCUGAAUUGUUAUUGCUGCUUGUUUAUUUUUUUAAGAAUAUCCAUGAAACAGUACUAUGAAAAUAGAAACUCCACCCAUGCAUGAUAUGGACUCUGGAGACGGGUACAGAGUAGGAAAAAUAAUGCUACCUUGGGCCUGCUGUUCCUUUACAGUGAAUAAUAUUUUAAAAAGCAACUAUAACUUAUUUACAAAAGUGACUUAGAUGCCUAUAUCUCACUGAAAGGCCUUGAAAACAAUACCAGGUUUCUGGGUUUUGGUGUUUAUGUUUUCUGAUUUUUAGAGUUUUUAAGCAGGUUAUAGCUCUUUUUAGUAUUUUGUAAUUGUUUUCCUUGAAUUAUCUAGGUACCUAGAUACUCUAGUGAUAGUAAGCACUCUUGUAAUAAAGUAUAUAGUUUUAUAUUAAAAUAAUAACCUGGAGCCUUAAGUCAUCCUGGGGAUGACCCCCCUAAUAAGCUUGUACACUCUUUGAGUGAGUUCCCUUCAUGGCCUAUGUUCAAUACUGUGGCAGGUGUACGUUUGGGGUGUUUAUUUUUGAAACGCCUGCUCUUAGACGCUUGCUUUUGGAAAGACUCACUCAGGUUGGAAGUCCUAUAGAUUCAUAGAUUAUAGAGUUGGAAGGGACCCAAUGGAUCAUCAUGUCCGACCCCCUCCCCCGGCAAGAAGAGGACCGAGGUCAGACAACCCCAGCCAAGUGAUUGUCAAGCCUCCUCUUGAAGACCUCCAAGUUAGGUGACAGCACCACCUCUCUUGGAAGCCCAUUCCAGACUGUGGCCACCCUUAUUGUAAAAAAUUUCUUCCUAAUGUCUAACCUAAAUCUACUCUCCACUAGUUUGCACCCAUUAUUCCUAGUUACUCCCUGAGGCACUCUGGAAAACAGUGCAUCCCUAAUUCCCUGCUGUCCUCCCCUGAUAAAUGUAUAGGUGGCCACAAGGUCACCCCUCAGCCAUCUUUUGUAUAGGCUGAAGAGAUCCAGAUCUCUCAACCUCUCCUCGUAGGGUCUUUCAUGGAGACCACUAAUCAUGUGGGUGGACCUCCUCUGAACCCUUUCCAGAUCCUCCGUGUCCCCCUUGAAGUGCGGCAUCCAAAACUGGAAACAGUACUCCAACUGCAGCCUGACUAGUGCUGCAUAGAGGGGGAGCAUCACCUCCCUUGAUCUGUUGGUCAUGCACCUGCUAAUACAUGACAAGGUGCAGUUGGCUUUGUUGAAGGCCUCGUUGCACUGCCAGCUCGGUUCAUUUUGGAGUCAUCUAUGACUCCAAGAUCUCUCUCAGCCUCUGAGCUGCUGAGGAGGACAUCCCCCAACCUGUAGGUGUGCUGGGGAUUCCUCCUUCCUAGGUGGAGCACCUUACAUUUAUCUUCAUUGAAUUGCAUCCUAUUACAUUCUGCCCAUUGAUCUAACCUGUCCAGGUUGGCCUGUAACUGCUCCCUGCCCUCUGGUGUAUUAACUUUGCCCCAUAAUUUGGUAUCAUCUGCGACAAGGGUCAUAAACCCUUGUAAAACCACCAUUUCGUGUGACAGAGCUGGGGCUUCUGUUUGAUGGGUUUUUUCUCCUUUGAGCACAGGAUCAGAUACCGUAUUAACAUAAAUGAUGAAGUUCCCCAACUACAUCCUAUUGGUACUGCAUACAGGUAGCAUCAGUGCACACAGGCAGAAGCACUAGCAUAGACUAAGCACAGAUGUUUUACAAUCGUGCCAUCAAGCACUUGACAAUUGCUAAAGCAGUGGUGGAAAGCUCUUUCAAAAAUAAGCAGUGUUGGGACUUCAAAAUAAUCAUAGCACUAGGCUACUGAAACUCAUCUAUUGUUUUAAAGUGUAUACAUCUAAAGCAGAAUACUUCGAAGUUACAAGCCAGAGGGCUCGGGAGAAAUUAAUACCAAAUUUUCUGGGUACAUAGCCCUGCUGGGCAUGCAUUUCAGUAGUAGCUGGGCAAAUGACAGCUCCUUUCAUCCCAGGGGCUCCCUGAGCAAAACACAGCCCUGUUCAGUUCUGAUCUGACUCAGGGGGGAACAAGUGUGUGCACCACCCCACAGCAUUGCUUUUGUCAAUAAGUAUUUUGACCCAAUAAAUGUAGUACCUUCUGUAUUGUAUAAUCAGGCUAAUACUGGAUUCUACAAGCAAAGUUAGACAGUAACCGCAUCUUAUUCAUGACAUUCAAAUUGUUCUCUCUCAGCCAUAUUUAAAAGGCAAGUAAAAAUCUUCUGGUCUCCAUACAGUGCCUGACAUCACACACUGAUACACGCCUGAAAUAAACAGGCAUAAUCUCAGUUACACUGUACGACCUACAAAGAAAGGCAAAAUGUUUCAGGGGUUACAUUGAAAAGUUACCUUUUUAAGUUUCUGGUAUCUUUCUUCUGGUGUGUCAAAGCCAUUGGUUAAUGCACUAACAGAUGGCCCAUCACUGAUGCCUAAAAAUUUGGGGAAUAGUUUUAUUUUACUGACCCCCCCUUAAAGAGAGUGAGAAAAGCACUGAAAGCUGGAUUAAGCAAGUUACCUCUACUUAAGGUGCAGAACAUCAUAUCACAGCAGAAAGUUCCCGUUCUGUUAAAAGCACCUUUCCAUCAGGGAUGAACACGCAUCUUGAAAACACACCCACUACUUAACUGCUGUCAUUCAAAACUCAGUGAACUCCCAACAGACAGUGAAGCGAUGUGUUCAGAGAGUACCUGGGAAGGCCGUGCUCUGCCCUACGCUUGCAGUGUAUGCAAGGCCAACAUAGCAACGUGCGAGACUGGCAACACAGUGCCGACGAGCCCUUGCGUUGCUGAAACCAGGGGGCAAGGAGAUGAGUGAAGAGGGCUGUGCUGCCAAGUGACUGCUGGCCAUGUUUGGGCAUUUCCUUGACCCAUCUACGUCUCCUGCUCUGAGGCAGCCGGUGCUUUCUCUCUCUUCCCCCAAGACCCCUGCAGCCAGGGAAGUCCGUGCAGCAGGGGCAGGUGCCCACAGCCCCGGGCCAUACCAUCACUACCUGAGAACUCCCCAUCAAUGGCCAGGAAGUCUGCUUCCUCCACAGCAUCAUACGCUUUAUUCAGUGUAUCCUUAAAAUCUGCGGGGAGACAAGGACCGCGUGCCUGAGUCCAACGCCCGCCCCAGGAGAGGCCGGCCGGCGCAGGGUGCCCAGCACCCUCCUGCUUCAGGGCAGCGACAGCGGCUGCAGUGCUGAGGACACAGGUUGGGGCCAGGCCUUAGGGGCCGCCUGCCAGGCCCCGAGCAAAGGUGAGGAAGAUGCAGGCCCACACCCUGGCCAGGCCCCAUGCCCAUGCGCCGCCAUCACUCACUGCUUCGGAUCACCUCCAUGCCCACGGCCCCCGGGCCCGGCCACACCUGCAACCAGCUAUAUGUUUUCAAAUAUAAUACAAAAUAUUGCCAGAUGAUCUCCUUUGUUGACUGUGAUUGGAUUCAUAUUCAUAGAUGUUAGGGUCAGAAGGGACCUCAAUAGAUCAUCGAGUCCGACCCCCUGCAUAAGCAGGAAAGAGUGCUGGGUCUAGAUGACCCCAGCUAGAUGCUCAUCUAACCUCCUCUUGAAGACCCCCAGGGUAGGGGAGAGCACCACCUCCCUUGGGAGCCCGUUCCAGACCCUGGCCACUCGAACUGUGAAGAAGUUCCUCCUAAUGUCCAAUCUAAAUCUGCUCUCUGCUAGCUUGUGGCCAUUAUUUCUUGUAACCCCCGGGGGCGCCUUGGUGAAUAAAUACUCACCAAUUCCCUUCUGUGCCCCCGUGAUGAACUUAUAGGCAGCCACAAGGUCGCCUCUCAACCUUCUCUUGCGGAGGCUGAAAAGAUCCAGUUUCUCUAGUCUCUCCUCGUAGGGCUUGGUCUGCAGAACCUUAACCGUACGAGUGGCCCUUCUCUGGACCCUCUCCAGGUUAUCCGCAUCCCUCUUGAAUUGCGGCACCCAGAAUUGCACGCAGUACUCCAACUGCGGUCUGACCAGCGCCCGAUAGAGGGGAAGUAUCACCUCCUUGGACCUAUUCUUCAUGCAUCUGCUGAUGCAUGAUAAAGUGCCAUUGGCUUUUUUGACGGCUUCGUCACACUGCCGACUCAUGUUCAUCUUGGAGUCCACUAGGACUCCAAGAUCCCUUUUCACUUCCGUGCCACCCAGCAGAUCAUUCCCUAGGCUGUAGGUGUGCUGGACAUUCUUCCUCCCUAGGUGCAGCACUUUGCAUUUCUCCUUGUUGAAUUGUAUUCUGUUGUUUUCUGCCCACUUGUCCAACCUGUCCAGAUCUGCUUGUAGUUGUUCCCUGCCCUCCGGCAUGUCCACAUCUCCCCAUAGCUUUGUGUCAUCUGCAAACUUGGACAGAGUACAUUUCACUCCCUCGUCCAAGUCACUAAUGAAGACAUUAAAGAGUAUCGGUCCAAGGACCGAGCCCUGCGGGACCCCACUGCCCACACCCUUCUAGGUCGAAACCGAUCCAUCCACCACGACUCUCUGGGUGCGACCCUCCAGCCAAUUCGCCACCCACUGGACUGUGUAGUCAUCCAAGUCACAGCCUCUUAACUUGUUCACCAGUAUGGGGUGGGAUACCGUAUCGAAGGCCUUCCUGAAGUCUAAGUAUACGACAUCCACCCCUCCUCCUGUGUCCAGGCGUUUCGUAACCUGGUCAUAAAAAGAAACUAGAUUGGUCAGGCACGAUCUGCCUGCCACGAACCCGUGCUGAUUUCCCCUCAGCAUAAUUUGUCCUGCCGGGCUCUCACAAAUGUGACCCUUGAUAAUUUUUUCAAAGACUUUGCCAAGGAUGGAGGUGAGACUGACAGGUCUAUAGUUGCCCGGGUCCUCCUUCCUCCCCUUUUUGAAAAUGGGGACCACGUUGGCCCUUUUCCAGUCCUACGGGACUUGACCCGUGCGCCAUGAGCUUUCAAAUAUUCCUGUCAGUGGCUCUGCAAUGAUGUCGGCCAGUGCCUUCAGCACCCUCGGAUGGAGCUCAUCCGGGCCUGCCGACUUAAAGGCAUCCAGUUCUUCCAAAUGACUCUGCACCAUCUCAGGGUCUACGCGUGGAAGUCUGGCGCCUUGCUGCUGCCUCUCUACAACCCCAGUGAGAGACUUGUCGUGCCCCUCACAUAGGAAUACUAAGGCAAAGAACUCGUUGAGGAGUUCAGCCUUGUCCCCCCUGUCUGUCACCAAUUGUUUCAGCCCAUUUAGCAGGGGUCCUAUUCCUCCCUGGGCCUUCCUUUUACUCCCUAUAUAUCUAAAAAACCAAUUUCUUGUUGUCUUUUACUUGGGUUGCCAUCCUCAGCUCCAUGGUAGCUUUGGCCCGUCUAACUGCCUCCCUACAAGCACGAGCAGAGGAGGUAUAUUCAUCUUUGGUGAUCUCUCCCUGUUUCUACUUUUUAUGUGCUCCCCUUUUGGCCCUUAGGCUGCUCUGGAUUUCUCUGGUCAGCCAGGGAAGCCUCCUGGCCUCUUUCCCUCUUUUGCCUUGCUCGGGGAUCGUCUUGCUUUGUGCCCAAAGGAUCGUUUCCUUAAGGCACAGCCACCCUUCUUGGGCUUCCAUCUCUUCAAAUCUCCUACUCUGCAGUGCGUCCUUGACUAAUCGCCUGAGUUCAUUGAAAUCAGCUUUCCUAAAGUCUAGCACUUUCACCCUACUAGUUACCUUACCCACUCACUGUCUUAUGGUGAAUUCUAUUAUUAGGUGAUCACUGUCCCCCAGAUGGCUACCGAUCUGGAGGUCCGCUACCAUGUCAUCUCCCGUUGCCAAUACCAGAUCCAGUAUGGCAUUCCCCCUAGUGGGACCGUGUACCUCCUGAGUCAGGUGGAGGUCCUGUACACAGGUUAGAAACCUGCAUGAGCGAUGGGACCUUGCUGUCUGCGUCUCCCAGCAGAUGUCCGGGUAGUUUAGGUCCCCCAUGACUACCGCCUCUUUAGCUUUUAUGGUCUCCGAGAUUUGCCUCAGGAGCCCCGAAUCUCUUUCUUCCCCUUGAUGUGGGGGUCUGUAGCAGAACCCUACCACCAAAUCCCUUUCUCCUUGCCCCCCAUGUAGCCUAACCCAUAAUCUUUCUACUUCCUCAUCCUUGGAUUCCGUCUUGAUGAGGGUUGACGUAUAUUGCUCACUGGCAUAGAGCACAACCCCUCCCCCUUUCAUCCCCACCCUGUCCUUUCUGUACAAUCUAUAGCCCUCAAUAUGUACCGCCCAGUCAUGGGAUGAAUCCCACCAGGUUUCCGUUAGCCCCACUAAGUCAUAGGUGUUUAGUGCAAGCAGGAGCGCUAGUUCAUCCUGCUUGUUCCCCAUGCUCCUAGCAUUAGUAUAUAGGCACUUGAGGCCUGCGACUGGUGCCUUUGCUGCCCCCCCCGCUCCGAGUCCCAAGGGGCGCUUUGGUUCUUACCUUCUCGUUUCUUACCUGUGCUGUAGUGCUGGCCUCCCCAUGGCUUUCAGGUUCCCAAUGCUCUCUUUCUUCAGGCUGGGCUGUCCUUGUGGGUGCCACAUGGUUUGGUGGUCCACAGCUUUCCCCGCCCUCAUCUUCCCCUCCCCCCGACGAGCCUAGUUUAAAGCCCGCCGGAGGAGAUCUGCCAACCUAGAAGAAAACACACGCUUACCUUUGGGGGACAGGUGAAGCCCAUCCCAGCUGAGCAUGUCCCUCGUCGUUAUGUGCGGGUCGUUGUCCAGGAAGCCAAAGCCUGCCUUGAGACACCACUGCCGAAGCCGCCAGUUGGUCUCUCGGAUGCAGUUCUCAUGCUGUCUUCCGCGACCGUUCACUGGUAGGAUGGAAGAGAAUACCACCUGUGCACCGAACUCCUUCAGCACGCUGCCCAGAGCACUGUAGUCCGCCAUCAGGUGAUUGGGGGUUCUCCUGGCCGCAUCAUUAGUACCCACAUGGACUAGGACCAUGGGGUAGUAAUCGGUGGGCUUGAUCCUGGCCUGGAUUACCUCCAUCACAUCCUGAAUCUUUGCUCCAGGGAGGCAGCAUACCUCUCGUGCCGAGGGGUCCUGGCGACAGAUGGGCCCUCAGGAUGGAGUCGCCUAUGACGAGCACUCGUCGCCUCCUCCUCCUGUUUUCACCACAUCUAUCUAUGAAUGUGAAUUACCCAAAAGAGCAAUUUCAUUGCUGUGUAACAGUCUGACUCUCCAUCCCAUGUUUUACCUUACUGUAAACUUACCUGUUUUGAGCAGUUAGACCAACAUACUAUCUAUGUAAGAUAAGCAGAUCCACAAUGUUGAUGCUGCUGGAGAAAAAUGUAAUGAUUAUGUCAAUGGAUAACUAUAAAGAAAAGUUAAUCAUUUUUUUUUUAGGGAAAAACUGAAGAUAUGAAGUUUUCCUCGAGAAACUACUGGGGACUGCAGAGCUUUCGUGUGCAAUAUCUUUGUGUGGCUAUAGUUGCCUAUUUCUUGGGGAGUUUUGGUAUUUCUUGUUGCAUGGGUCCUUCAUGUUAAAACCAGCAGUAAAACCAGACCGCCUGUUGCUAGCCUGGUCAAUGAUGAUUACAAUCCCAGUUCAAGGAGAAAGACUUUUCUAUCUGAUAAAUGCUUACAAGGUCCACUCCACUUAUUUUAGAGUGGUGGAAUUGGAUUCUUAAUAGUAAUUAUAAUAACUUAAUUAAGAAUUAUUUAGCACUUAGUGCUGUUCAUGUUUAAUGCACGUUAUAGGCAUUAAUUCGUAAUUAUGCUGACUAUUAAUACAUUAAAAACCACAUAAGCCUUCUAAUGUUAGUUUUCAGGAUCUUUUACAUCAAAGUAAAAAUCCUAUCAUUGAAUACAGCCUCUGGCAGGCUCAUGUGGAGCUCAGCUAUGAAGCUUCCAAAGGGAUUGGGAGGAUGUUCCCUUCACUACUCAGGGACUUUUGCAUACUCUAUGGGGAUACCAAGAGCUAUCAUUUCAUUGGCUCCUCACUAGCCACAUCUUAGGUACAUAUACAUAUAUACAUACUAUGCAGAAAGGGGCACCAUAGAUCAUGUCACCACAGAACAUACAGCUUGCAAAGUCCCCUUGUCCCUACCUCACAAUUAAUCACAUACAUUUCACUAUGAUCUGCUUGGUUUGUAGAGCAUGGGCUUGCAUUUGGAAUGGUGAGAGGUGUUAGUAUGCUUCCCUUUAGUACUCUUAGUGGUUUGUUCCAAGUAUUUCUGUAAAAGAAUGGUCCAAACUGAAGGUAAGCUAAGCAUCCAAAGGUGUUCAUUCUGAUACUUGACUUCUUGUCUUGGGAGUCAGUUACAGUAUAUUCAGUCCUGAGUUCUGGAGAAUUCUGGGUAUAACCAGGAUCUGCAGUACCUAAAGAACUUCCUCAUUUCUGACCCUACCAAGGAUUUUGAAUUGUUCUCAGAUGUGUCCUAGUGAUUUUUUCCUCUUUUCAUGCUGCUAUAAGUUCUUCAAUAAUUAAUGAAUUACAAUUAUCCUGUUUUCUUCUUGAAUGUAUUAACUUGUCUACAGCCAAUAUACUUGUUAACAAAUGUUUUGGUUGUGUCGUGUUCUGUUUCACUAAAUUCUGAACUUAGAAUGGGGUUUCUCUGGACUAUGUUUCUUUGUCUGAAUAUCAAAAAAGAACUUACAUGUGAGUGAUUACGCAGUGAUUUCCAUGCAUCGAGAUUGCUAAAUAAAGUGCAAGAGUUAACCUAA